CGACGGGGGGUGAUUUGCUUUGGGGCUGUUUUCGGCCUGCUCGUAAGCGCCACUCUCCGCCUAAGCGACGUUAGCGCGGGUCGGCUCUACACGCGCGACAGCUGUGAAUUCACAGAUUUGCCUCGGAGAUGAAUCCUUUUUCGAUGGCGAUGAGAUAAAAGCUGUCGCAAGAGCGACUCUCUUUUUGGCUCGUCUUCGCGCAGCCUCUUCCGCUCCUCGUGCUGUGCCUGGCUCGUAGUUGUGGCCUGAGCUUCUUUCUACUUUUCUCACUAGACUCUGUUCCCUUGGAUACGGCCACUACGUUUUUUUUAUUUUGAUUCACUGUGCGUUGUCAUUGGCUAUAGACUGAGGAGCUUCUUAACGUCAGCCGUUCUUUCGUGGUGACUUAGUCGUUUUGUUCUCCCUUGAUAUCCGACUCCUUUCUGGGAUUUCCUACGCGGAUGCGCGUCGAUCAGAAGCGGUCAUGCCAUCGUCACUGCCACCAAAGUUUAUUGAUGUUGAUACGGCCAAAGCAACCCACGGAUACAUUCAUGUCAUUGGGGUGGUAGUCGACCUGUUGCCCAAGACGCGCUCGGGCGGCUCGUCUUUCGUGACGACCUUUACUAUUAAAGACUGCGACAUCGAUGGCAAUCCUAUGUCUGGACUGAAAAUCAAGUACUUCAAUGAUGACGAGUCUUUACUGCCUGAACUUCAACUUCACGAUGUAAUUCUUCUGCGGAAUAUACGAAUGCGUCUUUUCAGGGGGAGCCUCCUUGGCGUAGCAGCCCAGCAUGACAAGAUCCCAUGGACAAUAUUCCGUCGGAAGGUGGCAGGCCAGACAAAUGCACUCGUGAUUCGCGGAUGUAAGGCCCCGGAACCCUCGCCUGAGGAGAAGGCAUACUCUCAUGCUCUUCUCAACAGCAUUCCUGGGGCAGGAGCCAGUAUAUCGAGUGCACCAGAUCAGGCAUUCAACUAUACCAGCACCGUUACAGUAUCCGCAUCCCGUAGCCAACCACCGCCAUCUACACCGCGAGACAAAUUCUCCUUGAUAAAGGAUGUCAAGGCUCAUACCUUCGCUGAUCUGGUUGUCGAAGUGGUUAAGACAUGGCGCGAGUACGACAAGUUCAUCCUCUAUGUCACAGACUACACUUCACAUGGAGAACUAUACGACUAUCCUGACCCCUCAGCCGACGAUGGUGAUGGAGGCGAUUUCAUCUCUCGUCGACAGAGAGAAUGGAAUGGUCCCUUUGGACAGAUGACUCUACAGGUCACACUUUGGCAACCGCACGCAUCUUUCGCACAGAAUAAUGUUAAGGAAGGCGACAUCAUUUUCAUGAGCAAUGUCCAUAUUAAAAAUCACCGUGUGAACGGUAAUCUGGACGGCAGCAUGCAUACAAACCGACUACAUCCCCACAGAAUCAACGUCAGUAUUGUAGAUCUGGAUGAUGACGAGCGUGUCGCGGAACUCGUGAGACGAAAGAAGGAAUAUUGGCGAAAUGCCCGAAUCAGUCGGCUUUUCCCAGGCAAUAAGAAGAAGAAUGAUGGGGCGAAAAGUUCCAAGAAGACUGCAAAGCAGCAAAAAGAAAAACCGAAAAAGGAAGUAAGACGAGAAGAAGGCCAAGUUGAGAUCUCAGAAUUUUCAGCACCCGCACCUUCUCAAGUAAAGCGGAACCAACUGAACCCGAACAUUCAAGCAGCACAUCCUGCUAUCCCUUGCCGGUCGCUAGAAGAGAUACUAGACGGCAAAAUCCAUCUCAAUAACGCCCCUGGAGGCUAUGAGUAUCGCCUUCCUUUUCAAAAUAUCAAUUAUAGAGCCGUUGUCCGUGUGGUCGACUUCUAUCCGCCUAGAUUAGAGGAUUUUGCCGUUUCUUACAAUCCUGAAGAUGAUAUUCUCUCCGAAUCAGGGACUAGCAGUGAAGACAGCGAAGGAGACGCAGUCAUGACUAGCGGUUAUUCGCGCCGUCGGCGCAUCUGGGAGUGGCGUUUCUGCCUGCUCGUAGAGGAUGGCAAGCCCGUUCCUCGUGGGCAGCCCAAGGAGAGAAUGAAACUGUAUGUCUCCGGGAAAGAUGCAGAAUAUCUGUUGAAAAUAGACGCUACCGACCUGAGGAAGAAUGAAACCCGACUGGAUGAGCUUCGAGAGAAGCUCUUUCACCUCUGGGCAGAUCUAGAGGAGAAGAAAAGAGCCCUCCCCAAUGGGAGCCUAGACCCUCAGAGUCUAGAAAAUCCUUCUGGAAAGCCAUUCAUAUGCUGUAUCAAAGAAUAUGGCAUCAGAAGCAGAGAAGAACAUAAUUCGGAUGCAAUGAGUGACGACGAGGACAGCGCUGGUCGUGUGGAUCCCCUCGCUUGGGAGAGGAGAUUCCACAUGUUUGGCACGACAAUUAAUGCUUGAAGCCAUUUCAUGUAGACUUUUUUGGCGAGAGUCUCGCUCUCUGAUAGUAUUUCCUUCGGAUUCUGGGGGCGUUAUUAUUGGCUAUGGAUUCAGGAUGGCAGGUUGGUUUCUUUUCCUCUUCAGCGACUGGACUUAUAUACCCAUGUGGAUAGCAUCUCAGAAA